AUGCCUGCUGGCUCAACCUGCACACCCACCCGCCAUACCUACCCCUCCUCGUUCGAAAAGUCGCUCUUCGACCUCAUUCGAGGCCUCCGCAACCACAAGGGCAGCGAGCGCGAAUACAUCGCCGAGAGCAUAAAAGAAUGUCGCAAAGAGAUACGGACAAACGACAUGGACCUCAAGGCCACGGCUCUUAUGAAACUCACCUACCUGGAGAUGUUUGGCCACGACAUGUCCUGGGCGAGCUUCAACGUCUUGGAGGUCAUGUCGAGUUCAAAGUUCAAGCAAAAGCGCACGGGAUAUCUGGCUGCCGUACAGAGCUUUCGUCGGGACACCGAGGUCCUCGUGCUUGCUGAGAACCAGCUCAAAAAAGACAUCAUGAGCUCAAGCCCGCAGUACAUUGCUCUCCCCCUCGGCGCCAUUCCGCACGUCAUAAAUCCGAGCAUGGCCAACUCAGUCCUUUCCGACUUGAUACCACGCCUGACGCAUUCGCAUGCCAUGGUCCGAAAGAAGACAGUUGUGACACUGUACAGACUGGCGCUUGUCUAUCCAGAAACACUACGACCUGCAUGGCCCAAGAUCAAGGAGCGUCUGUUGGACGACAACGAGGACGCUAGUGUGACGGCUGCCAUCGUCAACGUCGUGUGCGAAUUGGGAUGGAGACGACCACAGGACUUUCUUCCGCUCGCACCCAGACUAUUCGAUCUGUUGGUCGAGGGGGGGAACAACUGGAUGGCUAUAAAGCUUAUCAAGCUCCAGUUUGCGACUUUGACUCCCCUAGAGCCACGAUUGAUAAAGAAAUUACUCCCACCAUUGACCAAGAUCAUUCGGGAAACUUCUGCAAUGUCGUUGCUGUACGAGUGUAUCAGUGGUAUCAUCCAGGGUGGUAUCUUGGAGGCCGUUGAAGGCACUGCAGAAGGCGAAGAGGUCGCAAAGCUUUGUGUCGGCAAACUACGUGGCAUGAUGAUAAUAGAGGGCGAUGCGAAUUUAAAAUAUGUCGCAUUACUCGCUUUCGAGAAGAUUGUCGCAUCACAUCCUUAUCUCGUCUCUCAACAGCAGGACGUUAUUCUCGAAUGUAUUGAUGACCCCGACAUUUCAAUCCGAAUGCGCGCUCUGGAUCUUGUGGUUGGUAUGGUCAACGCCGAUAACCUGACAGCUAUUGUGGGUAGAUUGAUGCGACAGCUCCGUAACGCCCCCAUUGCCACCGCAGUCAGCGACCCAAACAACGAUCGGGGUCGGCUAACCGGAGUAACGCCGUAUGGCAACGAGGAUUCUGAUGACGAAGAGACACUACCACAGCAUGAGCACAGGUCCGACCAACCGCCACCGCUGCCCGACGACUACAGAAUUAGCGUCAUCCGGAGGAUAUUAGACAUGUGCUCACGGGACACUUACAGUAAUAUCGCAGACUUCGAAUGGUACAUUGACGUUCUUACUCAGCUUGUCCGAGUAUCACCUGCAACAAAAGCCGCGUCAAUCAUGGAGGAAGAAGAAGAGCUAGAGCAUUCAGACGAUAUAGGCGGUGGCAUUGGGUAUGAGCUACAAAACGUCGCUAUACGUGUAAAGAGUGUCCGGGCGGAAGCUGUAGAUGCCGCACAAUCGCUGAUUCUGGUCGAUCAGAGAGAUCAAAUGUUCCCGGCAUCUGGGAACGGUGGUCAGGGUGUGCUCGAAUACGCUGGAUGGCUGGUGGGAGAGUUUGCCAAUUAUCUUACCCGCCCAGAACCCGUCAUGACCUCACUUUUACACCCAACCUCGCUCCAAUUACCGUCCAAAACUCUCGCCGUGUAUCUGCAGGCGAUACCCAAAGUCUUCUCUGCCAUGGCUGGGAACGAUCAGAUAUCAUGGACCCCGGAACGAAAAACCUUAAUGUCACUGCUGAUGGCACGCAUUAUCCACUUCCUGGAGCCGCUGUCCACACAUCCUAGUCUCGAGGUACAAGAAAGGGCUGUCGAAUAUCUCGAACUCAUGCGUCUUGCUGCAGAAGCAGCAUCCGGCACCGCUGCCAGCUCCGACCAGGACACAUUUACUGAUCCACCACUUUUAUUGACGCAAGCUAUACCUGCUCUCUUCUCUGGCGCCGAGCUCAAUCCUGUUGCCCCUGGCGCGCAACGAAAGGUCCCAGUCCCUGAAGAGUUGGAUCUUGACACACCGAUCAACGCUAAUCUGCAAAAUCUGCUUUCGGCUGCCGACGCAGAGGGCUUUGAGACGGAAGAAGAUGAUGUGUACGCAGCAUACUCGGAGCCGGCUGCCACAUACACAGAAGUAUCUGCUGCCGCUGCGCCUGCUGGGGACCGCCUCGAUGCCCCGUACAAGGAGCCUACCUCGUACCAGAAUGCAACCGAGGAUGAGUACCUGGAUGCUGACAUCAUUGCACGCCGAAAAGCGGAACGGAAAGAACGAUACAAAGACGAUCCAUUUUAUAUUGACCCUGAAGCCGAUAGGGGCAGUGGGCCCGUGACGCCGCUUAGUAGAAUUGUCCGGGACGGCAACAGGGAGAACGAGUUGGAUAUUGACUCCAUCCCAAUCAUGGAGCUGAAUCUCGACGAUAAAGGCUCUUCCUUCGAAAACGUACAACGCUCGCGUAGCCCACGCAGACCGAUACGGAAAGUCGAUAUCAUGGGAGACGAAACGCUUGGACCUGCUGCGUCAGAUGCUUCACGAGAGGAUCCUGUACAAUCACGUCCAAACAAGGCGAAGAAAUCACUACUAGAGGUAGACAGUUCAGGUCUGGGGUCACUAAGUCUCGACGAUGAAGGCAUAUCAAAUCGCAAGCUCACUCAACUCGAGGUCGAGAGAAAGGCUCAGGAAGAUGCAGAGAUGAAAAAGGCACUGCAAGAAGUGGAGAGGCUACGGCUUGAAAUGCAGCGCGCAAGCGAAAGACUACAAGUCAAGGAGGAAGUCGCUGUCAAGAAGAAGAAGAGAAAGGUCAGGAAAGUGACGGUGGAUGGAGACGAGCCGACAGAGACGGCUGUGGCGGAAGCAGAAAUUGGCGAGGAUGAGAAGGCGGCGGUUGUGAAGAAGAAAAAGAAGAAGAAGGUCAAGGCCGAUGGCGACAAGGAGAAAGCAGGCGAAGGAGCGGGCGAAGGCGACGAGGAAGGCAAUGCCAAGAAGAAGAAAAAGAAGAGGCGGACGGUAGUCAUGGACGAAGGUGGAGACGCACCCGUAGAGUAG